AUGCCUUUAAUCCGAUUCUGUCCCUCAACCUCUCUAAUCACUCGGACCACCUGCCCCAGUUUCUGCAUACUAUCAAUCCCGGUCACCACCCUCCGCCGGACAAGAAUAAGAGGCUUUUCCACAAAAGCGUACAAUCUGGACCGUCCGGGGGACAAAGUUCGCAAUGGCAUUAUUGGCGGUACCAUUGUUGGUGCGCUUGGGUUCUCAUAUCUUUACUUUACAGAUACUCGCUCCGCCGUGCACAAGUACCAGGUAGUACCGCUCCUGAGGCUGAUAUACAGCGGUGACGAUAUCCCCGUGGAUGCUGGUGGGAAGGGAUCGGGAGCCGAGAGGGCACACGAAGUUGGAUUGAAGGCUUUGAGGGUACUGUACAAUUUGGGCUUCGGUCUACGGGAGCGGGGGGCGCACGAAUAUCUUGCGAAUGAGGAGCUAGGUGUAGAGGUUCUAUUCGGCCACAACCUCAAAACCCCCCUCGCAAUCUCCGCCGGCUUAGACAAGCACGCGGAAUGUAUAGACCCUCUCUUCAAUCUCUCCCCGGCGAUCUCCCUGCUCGAAAUCGGCUGCAUAACGCCCCUGCCCCAGGAGGGCAACCCGAAACCGCGCAUGUUCCGUCUGCCCACCUCCAGCUCCAUCAUCAACCGCUACGGCUUCAACUCCGUUGGUGCCGACACCGUUUCUGUUCGCCUGCGCGACCGGGUGCGCAGAUACGCACUCAAACACGGACUAACAGAGCGCGAAGUCCUGGACAGCACCGAGAUCCCCGCGAGCCUCUGGCCAAACCGCUUACUUGCCGUGCAGAUUGGGAAGAAUAAAUCCACCGUAGAAACGGACAUGGAGGCUGUCAAGAGGGACUACAUCACCUGCGUGGAGAAACUGGGGAGGUACGCUGACAUCCUCGUCGUUAACGUUUCCUCCCCCAACACUCCCGGAUUGAGGUCCUUGCAGAAGCGCGAGAGUCUGCAGGAAUUGCUAGCUGUCGUAGUGCUUGCGGCGCAGAAGGCUGACAGGAAGGUCAAGCCGAAGGUUGUUGUCAAGAUUUCCCCGGAUAGCGAUGGCGUAGAGGAUAUCAAGGGCAUUUCCGCCGCUGUCAAGUUCGCCGGCGUCGCAGGGGUCAUUGUAGCGAACACCACUGUCAAGAGGCCACUGAGCGUGCUUGCCUCGCCGCAGGUAUCUGAGGAGGAGAAGAGGGUGUUUCACAAAGAGAUUGGAGGACUCUCUGGACCGGUGCUGCUGCGGAAUAUGUUGAAGCUUGUCGAGAGGUAUUCCAAGGAGCUUGGCGAUAACGCUGUUGUUUUUGCCUCUGGAGGGAUCACCAGUGGGAAGGACGUCCUAGAGGCUAGGAAACGUGGUGCUAAGAUUGUCAUGGGGUACACCGGCAUGGUCUAUGAUGGUGUCGGCUUCUUUGGCAGGAUCGCAGGAGAAAUGAAGAGGGUGGUGGAUGGUGGAAAAUAGAACCUAUCGCGUGCAUAUGCUGAAGGCUUCUUUUUUUUCUUCCAGGUACAGGCCCAUUUUUCCCCUUUGCUUUGUCUUUCUCUCCUAGUUUGCAGAUAUUGUACAUAAUACCCCCUCCG